GGAGCUUGGGAAAUGUAGUCGUGUGAUUCUCGGGACCGUGGGGUCGAGAAGGGCGGGGAGAGGGACAAGGCUGCCGGGGUCGUUUCCUGCUGCUCCCCUCACACAGCGAGCCUCAGGCCUCGGCGCGGCUCCCCUUCCCAGGGCAUUGACCUUAUCCGCUCCAGCCAGCCUGGUCCUUAUCUCCUGUCGAGCUCCUUUCCCGAGUCAGCCCGCCAAGGAGACCCCCCCCGAAGGGGCCCAUGCUUCACCCCAGGGUUUGCGCUCCGGAGGCAGGAGGUGAGGUCGGGUUCCGUACUGAGGGACCUGGGUAGGGUGUACUGGGCUGAACUGAAUGGCGACAGAACCAGGACGGCCCCGUGCGCUAACCUGAGGUGGUGCCAGCCAGUCUGCUUGUUCCCUUGCAUUUCUCCAUUUCCUCUUAGGGCUUGAACGGGGCUGCUGCAGGCGCUAAGUGUGACCUUCGAACCCUGGUCAGAGUAAUGAGUAGCGCCAUUUUGCAGUACGGAAGCUAUAAAACAACACAGCCUGGAACCUCUCCCUGAAAUCUGCUUCCUCCUUCCGGAGAAGUGUUAAGUCUGUUUUUGUUUGGGAAGAUGUUACCCGAAAUAGGAUCGAGGAAGAUUUAAAGAGCCAGGCUGAUUGUUUUUCUUAACGCAGGUGUCUGGAGGUGGCUCUGGUCACUGCAGGACCACCAGGGGCUUGGCUUCCUUGUCUCAUCCUCCCCUUGCCUAGUCUCAUUUUCCCAGAUCUCCCAAAAGCCAUGUACGGGGCCUCCCUCAUUAACUUUACCCGAGCCACUGACCCCAGUGAUCUCUGGAAAGAUGGGCAGUUGCAGUCACAGCCUGAAGAGCUGAAGCCCACCCUGGAUGGGGCUGCAGCCCGGGCUUUCUACGAAGCCUUGACUGGGGAUGAGAGCAGCACUUGUGAACCCCAGAGGGCUCAGCCUGAGUCUGCCAGUAAGAGAAAGAGGAAGAGAAGAAGAAUGAUGAGGGAAGCUGCAGUAGGAGAAUCAGGAGGACAUGGACAAAGGAGAUCCCUUGGGGCAGAGGACAAGAUGACCCACCGGAUACUGAGAGCAGCCCAGGAGGGGGAUGUGGCAAAACUAAAAAGACUGUUGGAUCCCCAUGAGGCAGGGGGAGCUGGGGGGAAUAUCAACGCUCGAGAUGCUUUCUGGUGGACCCCCCUGAUGUGUGCUGCCCGAGCAGGCCAGGGGGCAGCUGUGCGCUAUCUCCUGGGCUGUGGGGCUGCCUGGGUGGGGGUCUGCGAGCUGGGUGGCAGGGAUGCUGCUCAGCUGGCAGAAGAAGCAGGCUUCCCUGAGGUGGCCCGCAUGGUCAGAGAGAGCCCCAGAGAGACGAGGAGUCCAGAGAACCGGUCCCGAUCCCCCUCCCCCCAGUACUGUGAGACUUGUGAUGCCCACUUUCAAGACUUUAACCACCGUACCUCCACUGCUCACCUGCUGUCAUUGUCCCAGGAUCUCCGGCCCCGCAACUUGCCCCUUGGGGUGCCUACCUCCAGCCCAGGCUUCAAGCUGCUGCUGAGGGAGGGCUGGGAGCCUGGAAUGGGGCUGGGACCCCGGGGCGAGGGCCGUGCCAAUCCGAUCCCCACUGUCCUCAAGAGGGACCAGGAAGGAUUAGGCUACAGAUCAGCACCCCAACCCCGAGUUACACAUUUCCCAGCUCGGGAUACACGGGCAGUGGCUGGGAGGGAGAGAGCCCCUAGGGUGACCACACUGAACCGGAAGGAGGAGAGAAGGCGGGAGGAGAAGGACAAGGCCUGGGAGCGGGAUCUGAGGACAUACAUGAACCUUGAGUUCUGACCUUGGAAAGUUCUGACCCUGGUCUGCUGCUGAAGUCUGAACUUGGGCCCCUGACCUAGGCAUUUGGGCUUCUACUUCCUGGGCUCUGCCCAGGUUCCAGACCUUCAGGUUUUGAUCAGUGGGCUCUGCCUUUGGGAGAAAAGAGACUGAGAGUUGAGAAAUAAAUCAAGCUUUUCCCCCU